AUGAGGCAGAAAAUUUCUCUUGAAUUUUAUUCUGGCACAAAUUCUUAUUUAAAUGAUACAUUUUGUUCUUUUUCACUUGUUGGAGUUGAAAAUAAACAUUUACAAUUUUUGGAUUCUGAAGGAAAAUGGGUUUCUGAUAAAGUUCAACAUUUAAUUCCGCCUAUUAAACCAAAUGAAAGUUAUAAUACGUGUAUUGAAUUAUGUAUGACUGUUGAUAAAGUUUUGCCAAUUAAUUCUACUAAUGUUAGCAGUUCUCCACGAAAUGAGGAAUUGCAAUCCAUAAAUUGUGAGUUAAAACUUGAAUGGAAAAAUGCUUUAGAAACAAUUGUAACAAAGUUUUUACAACUCAAGUUUUCACCUCUAUUUGGUUUAUAUUGCACUACAUCCUUAUUAGCAGGAAAUGCAAUUUUUAUUCUUGAUGUGGAAAGGCGAUUUGUAAAAUCUCCCUUAAAUCAAAUUACAAUUCUUCCAACUCUAAUUACAUUACAUCAAGAACAGAAUAUUGCCUUAGAGCCUGUUGAAGCUAAAUUACUCAAUCCAAAUCCUUUAAUUCCAAUAAUUCCAAAUUCUUCUUUUCGUUUUAUUUGGCGUUUACCAGAAUCCCCUGCUGGUAGAAACUUUCCAGUUCCACAUUUUUUAAAAUUUAUUUACACUGUCUGCCUUGAUCAAAAGGAGAAUAAAAAUAGUGAAAUUAAUAAAGGAUUAAUAGAAUCUGAGGAAUAUUGUAUUGAAAAACGAUUGGAUUUUACUAUUCCGAAGGUUGAUUUUGAAAUUUGUGCCCGUUUUUAUUCUGAACAUUCCCAAUCUUUAUUAUGUCGAGUUGAUCAACCUUGUGAUUUUGUUGUAUCAUUAAGAUCCUUGGCUAAAUUAAUUGAAGCUGAAACUGUUAUUGUUAGUAUAGAAAAUGAAAAUUUAAAUAAUAAUAAUGGAUGGUAUUGUCAACAAAAACACAAAUUAGCUAAAGUUAAGGAUAGUGGUGUUGGACAGGCUAUUUUCUCUAUUGGUAAUUGUAAAAAGUUUUAA